AUGCCUCGACGGGCGAACCGCCAACGCCGUCGGUGCAGUCACACGGAGACAGGACGACUACUCAGCGCAGCACUCUUUCUGUCGUCCCAGGUUCCGCAAGCAUCCGCGGCUGUGUAUCCUACCAAUAAUAAACUGUACAAAUUCGACUAUCUCUCGUCCAGCGCGGAAAACCUGGGCAUACGUCGUCCGCUGACCAAGCGCGAGAACCCGAUUCCGCUUGUCAUUACCAACAACUGUGGUGACACGCUUUGGCCCGGCAUUGGAACGCAGAAUGGCGAAUCUCCCGAAACACAUGGUUUCGAACUGGCAUCGGGCGAGUCGGCCAAUUUGACCGUUGGUCCAACGUGGCAGGGAAGAGUCUGGGGACGCACGAAUUGUACCACCAGUGGUGAUACUGCGAGCUGCUUAACUGGCGACUGCUUUGGCAAGCUGGACUGCGAAUAUGGUGGACAAGUACCCGUGACACUUGCCGAGUUCAACCUUGCUGGAGGUGUGAAUGGCAAGCAGUGCUUCUACGACAUCUCACUCGUGGAUGGCUACAAUCUACCCUUGGGCAUCGUCUAUAUCCCAGCAUCGAAUACGUCGGACCUACCGCCCAACCUGGUCAACCCAUCGUGUAUUGGGACAGCCGGAUAUCUGCAAGGUUCAAGUAGAACUGGAACUGCCUACACCAAUUCGAGCUUUCCCAUGCCGUACGAGGACGGCAAAACCAACGCCGACUUGGCCGACUGGUGUCCGUGGGAUCUCCAAGCUUUUCCGCCAACGAAGCCCGGAGAUGGCGUAUACCCAUAUCCGGACGACAACGUCCAGCGUCCCAUUUUCGAUCCCUGCAGGAGUGCAUGUGCGGCCAAUAACUCACCUAAGGAUUGCUGUACUGGCAAGUACAACGACCCGAACGUCUGCGGGCCGAGCCAGUAUUCGAAGAACGCCAAGGCUAUGUGCCCGGAUGCGUACAGUUACGCGUUCGACGACCAGACAUCGACCUUCAUUAUCCCCAGUGGAGGUGGCUUCGAGAUCGUGUUCUGCCCCGAGGGCAGAAGUACCAACAUAUUGGCGACUUUCUCGCAGCAAUUGCAUGAGAUCGCCGAAAGUGGACUUGUGAGCUCCGACGUCAGGCUCAAGGCUAUGAGCAUGAGCUAUAUUGAGUCCAUAAAGAGCGCAGCACCGGCUCUCAAGACUCCUGGGUGGACUAUGGCUGUCCUAUUUGCCGCGAUGGCUGGUACAUCUCUGCUCCUCACUUGA